AUGAUUAGGUAAUAUUACCAAUAACCCAAGAGAUACCCUAAUUUUACCCAAAAAACCCACCUGAAGAUGUAAAACAACAUCGAUACCAUAGCAAUAUACCUCAAUAAAGUGAAGACUCCUGAAGUCAAGCCUAAAAUGUCAAAACGAAACUAACAGAAAAUAAAAAUUCCUCAACUUUUGACAUUUUAUAGCUUUCAUCGUAUAAGGUGUCCGCAGCUAGUUUUUAAAAAAUAACUUUUGAAACUUUUUAAGUCCCAGCACGAAAUGUACCGUAUUGGUGUCGUGAAUGAGAUUCAAAUUUCCUAAUUCCGAGAAUUUCUCAGCUCCGCCAAAUUCUUGAAAUUUGCUCUUAUUUUUGAUGUAAGUUGUUUUUUAUCGUUAUUUUGUAAUUAUCUUAUUUAAAUUAAGGUUUUAGAUUUUUUAAGUACGUUUUGGUUUACAAUUUAUUGUAUUUUGGGUUUUUGAGAUAUUUUAGUGAAAUUCAGGCUAAAAAAUACUUAUUGAUGUUUUCUUUGCUAAUUUUUGUGUUGUUUUAGGUAUAAAACAUGAUUUUUUUUGAAAAAUAGUUUUUUAGGUAACAUUUUUUUUGUAUUCCAAUGUGUAUUUCAUGUUGAUGUCUAUUUUUAUUGUUGUUAUUUCAGAUCAACAUGCCAAGACGUCCUUCUAUCUCCCGCAAGGCAAAGCCCGAAGGUGCCAAUGAAUCGUUGGAUGAAAUUUUGAACAGAUCUGGUAGUUCUGACACUGCAGCUGAAAAAGCUGGCGACACUUCAGCAGAGCAACCAAAAGCUGAGGAGACCGCCGAAGAAGCCAAGGUUGAAGGAGCUGAGAAAGAAAAGACUGAAGAGCCGGCUAGAGAAGGUGAAGAAGAAAAGAAGGAAGUAGCAGAGGAAGAGAAGAAGGAGGAAGCUCAGGAAGAGGCAAAGGAAGAACCUGAAAAGAGCUUGGCUGGUGUAAGUUGUUUUUGUUUGGUUUGUCAUUAUUUUAGGUAAUAAUCAUAUUUUUUUGUGGUUUUUAGGUUUUCUUUGGAGGGCAAGUAAGAUGCUCGAUAGGGGUGAGAAACGGGCCGUCUAGGCCCGGCCCUACGAUCGGGCCGGCCUUGAGCUAAAAUUGAAACGGGCCAAGCUUGAAAAUUGGGCCCGGGCCCAAAAACAAAUUUUUAAAUUUUUAAAAAUUUUUUAUUUGAAUCCCCGUUGAUGUUUUUUGAUUUUAUUGGGUACCAUGAUACAUAAAUGAUCUAAAAGAAUAAUGCAAAGCCAAGUUUCCAUUUAUUUUUUAAGUUUUAAAAUUUUUUAAAACGGGCGGGGCCUAGAAAUUUUCUGACUGGGCCGGCCUGGGAGAAAAUUGAAAACGGGCCGGGCCAAAACGUUGGGCCCCGGGCCUGCGCCGGGCCCUUUUCUCACCCCUAAUGCUCAACGUUAAUAUUGUUUUUAUAAUAUUUUAUGGUUUCAGGCUGGUGAUCAACCAGAAUCUGAAGAUGUAGCUUCCAAGAAGCGUCAAGCUCAAGGUGAGGAAGAAGAAGAGAAAGCCCAAGAGGUUCCCGAGAAGAAAUCAAAGGUUGAUACUGAAGAAUAA